AUGGGAUUAGGAAAGACAAUCCAAGCAAUUGCAAUUGCUUACUUUUAUAAAGAAGAAUGGCCUCUUUUAAUAGUGGUGCCUUCAUCUCUGAGAUAUCCUUGGACAGAAGAAAUAGAAAAAUGGAUUCCAGAGCUAGGUCCAGAAGAAAUCAAUGUGAUUCAGAAUAAAACUGAUGUUGGGAGAAUAUCGACCAGCAAAGUGGCAAUUCUGGGUUACGGUCUUUUAACUACAGAUGCAGAGACUUUGAUAGAUGCACUAAAUAAUCAGCACUUCAAAGUGGUCAUAGUGGAUGAAGCUCACUACAUGAAGUCCAGAAAUGCAUCCCGCAGCAAGAUUUUAUUACCUUUGGUACAGAAAGCCAGACGAGCCAUUCUUCUAACAGGAACUCCAGCUUUGGGAAGGCCAGAAGAGCUUUUCAUGCAAAUUGAAGCUCUUUUUCCAAAAAAAUUUGGAACAUGGACUGAGUACUCUAAAAGAUACUGUAAUGCACAUGUCAGAUAUUUUGGUAGAAGACCACAAUGGGAUUGUAGAGGGGCAUCAAAUCUUAAUGAACUUCAUCAGCUACUAAGUGAUAUAAUGAUUAGAAGAUUAAAGAAUGAAGUUUUAACCCAGCUACCUCCUAAAAUUAGACAGCGCAUUUCAUUUGAUCUUCCAGCAACAGCAGCCAAGGAAAUGAAUAGCAGUUUUGAAGAAUGGGAGAGAUUAAUGAGAGUUUCAAAUUCAAGGGAUAUCGAAACUGGGAACGACUCUUUUCAAGUUAUGGGAUUGAUUACUCGCAUGUUUAAACAAACAGCUAUUGCCAAGGCAGGUGCUGUAAAGGAUUAUAUUAAAGUGAUGCUGCAGAAUGAGUCUCUUAAGUUUCUAGUUUUUGCCCACCAUUUAAGUAUGCUCCAGGCUUGCACAGAAGCAGUCAUAGAAAACAAGACCCGCUAUGUCAGAAUAGAUGGAAGUGUUCCCUCUUCAGAAAGAAUCCAUCUGGUUAAUCAGUUUCAGAAGGAUCCUGAUACUCGUGUGGCUAUCCUGAGCAUUCAGGCUGCUGGACAGGGUUUAACAUUUACUGCUGCAACUCACAUCGUCUUUGCUGAGUUGUACUGGGACCCUGGACAUAUCAAGCAAGCAGAAGACCGUGCUCAUCGAAUUGGACAGUGCAGUUCAGUGAACAUUCACUAUCUCAUAGCAAAUGGGACUCUAGACACUUUCAUGUGGGGGAUGCUGAAUCGUAAGGCACAGGUUACGGGGAGCACGUUGAAUGGCAGGAAGGAGAAACUUCAGGCUGAGGAGGGCGAUAAAGAAAAAUGGGAUUUCCUGCAGUUUGCUGAGGCCUGGACUCCAAGUGAAAGUUCUGAAGAGCUCAAGAGUGAAGCUUUGUUCACUCAUUUUGAAAAAGAAAAGCAGCAUGAUAUCCGAUCAUUCUUUUCACCCAAACUGAAGAAAAGGCAGUUGGUGACCUCCUGUGGGGAAUCCAGGAUGGGCCAGGAGAGCAGUACUGUAGAAGCAUCAGGCCCUGGGGAAGUAGCUGCAGGAGACACCAUUGAACAUGAACAUGAUCUUGGACCUGGCCCUAAAAGGUUGAAAUUGGAUGCCAUCCAGGAUUGUGGUGAUGCUCUGGAGGAGAAACCCCUCUUGCCUGGGCAAACCAAAGCUCCACUCCUGGAAGGUGACCCUGAGGCCAAGUCCCAGCCAGUCCCCCCAUCUUUUCCUGAAAAGGGGUGGCAGUGUAGUCUCUGCACCUACAUCAAUAACUCCCUGUUACCUUUUUGUGAAAUGUGUGAGAAUCGUCGAGGCAGCACAAACAGCCACAGCCCUACCCAGAAUGAAAACAAAAAUAGGAAAGAAGAUUGUCAGGAAGACACCUCCAGAAAAGUGGAAACUCACCUUGACUGUGAAAAACAAGUUCUCGCCCACCCAGCACCUGAAUUGUUACCCGAAAACAAGGAAGACCAAGAGGAAAUUGAAAGGGAAGGUGGACUCAGCCCCCAGCCAGGAGAGUUGAAGAAUGCAGAGGCUUUGCCCAUAUAUGAUAUCUUAAUGUUUUGUGCAAGUAGGAAUACUGACCGGAUUCAUCUCUAUACUAAGGAUGGAAAACUGUUGAACUGUAAUUUCAUUCCUUUGGAUAUAAAAUUAGACCUUUGGGACGAUUUACCAGCAAACUUUCAGCUGAAACAAAAUCGGUCGCUGAUUUUGAAGUUCAUCCGAGAAUGGAGUAGUCUAACUUCCAUGAAGCAGAGAAUCAUCAGGAAAAGUGGCCAGAUCUUCUGUAACCCGAUUCUGGCUUUUGAAGAGAUCACAAAGCAGCAGCCCAGACAAAACAGUACCAAACGAUACAUAACCAAAGACGAUGUUGCCGCCGCAUCGAUGGCCAAGGUGAAGAGUGAUGGAGGCCACAUCCGUCUAAUUACAAAGGAGUCUGGCAACUCUUCCACAAAAAAGCUUCUGGGCGAUGGAGCCAGUGUCCCAUUUCUAAAUCCCAGCACAGCCCCCACGGAUAUCACUCUGAAGCCUUCUACCUCCAAAGGCUAUUUGCAAGCAGUGGAUAAUGACGGGAAUCCACUCUGCCUUCGCUGUCAGCAACCUACUUGCCAAACUAAGCGAGAGGGUAAAGUGAACGCUUGGGAUUCACGCUUUUGUUCCCUGAAAUGUCAGGAGGAGUUCUGGAUACGAUCUAAUAACAGUUACUUGCGAGCCAAACUAUUUGAAACAGAACAUGGUGUGUGUCAGUUGUGUAACUUGGAUGCGCAAGAACUCUUUUUACGUCUGAGAGAUGCCCCGAAAAGUCAGAGGAAGAGUCUUCUGGAUAGUACUUGGAUCGCAAAACUCCCAUUAGAACAGCUAAAUGAAAUGAUAAGACACCCAGUGGAGGGCCAUUUCUGGCAGGUGGACCACAUCAAGCCUGUCUACAGCGGGGGUGGACAGUGCUCUCUGGACAACUUUCAGACACUCUGCACCAUCUGCCACAAAGAGAGAACUGCCAGACAAGCCAGAGAGAGGAGCCAGGGGAGGAGACAGACUUUCAAGCAUGGAUCAGACAUCACGCGGUUUUUGGUGAAAAUGUGA